AUGAAUAAUCAUCGAUGUAUAAGUCAAAAAUCUUUAAUUAGUAUUCGAAAAUGGUUAUUAGAUGCAGGUGACGGUCCAUCACCAUCAUUUUGUAGUCCUUCUUCAAAAUUUAAUUGUAAUAUCAAACAAAAAUCAGGUUUAGAUAAGAUAAUGAAAAGAAAAAAACAUAAGAAUUAUAAAUAUUAUUCAAAAUCAACAUCAAUAUUCGACUGGUUCUAUGAAUUUAUUAAGAAAAUCUUUACAAAUCAUGAAAGAAUGGAUGAUACAAGUCUAUCAACAAUAACAUAUUCUACUUGUCAUUAUAAUGAAAUUCGAAAUCCUAUUUCGUCGACAUUAAAAUCAAAUAAUAGUAGUUCAAUUUUAUAUUCAAAAAUUAAAUCUAAAUUAAUGAGAACUACGGCAACUAGUAGUUCAAAUUUAAAUUUUCUUUUAUUAAAAUCUGUACAGACGCAAACAAAUACUAAUGAACAACAAUCGUCAGCCUAUCCACUUUAUUGUUUUUCUAUAAAAGAUGGACAGAUAUUACCUUUAAUGCUAUCAUUACCCUCUUCUUCACUACCAAUUUCUAUUAAUAAUGAAAAAUCUGAAUCUAUCACAAAUCUUUCUACUGCUUCAUCAGAUUCAAAUAUAAUUUCAUUACAAACAAUUGAAAAUAUUCGAAAAAAUAAGAUUAAUCAUCCUUUACCAUCACUAUUACAUGAUACACAUAAUUGUUUAAUUGAAUGUUAUCAAUCUUCAAAUACAAAUUCUUCUGAAACCAUCUUUGCAGAAAGUACAUGUCAAUUAAUAAAACAAGCAUGGCGUUCAUCGACAAUUAAUUCAUAA